AUGGCUGACCAAGAUAAGGACAAAAUUGGCCUCAGGAUUGCGGCUAUAGUUGAGACCAAGCUGGCUAGUGUUGUGAGAGUUCUGCUGGAGAAACUGCAACAGGAUGAGCAACACAAAGUAGACAUUUAUUGCAUCCUUGAGAAGGUAUUACAGCAGGACACCGGGGACCUAGAGAGAGGGCUACUGAACAAAAUAAUAGCCCUAGCCUCAAACCACAUGAGGGAGACUCAGGAAGCAACAAAUGAAGUAAAAGUGGCAGCUAGCAACAUGUUAGUGACUCUGGCAAGAUGCUAUUUCGAUGAUGUCAUGUAUGAGCUGCACUGUUAUCUGAAACCACCGAAGCUGCCUGACGAGUUUAUUUUAAUUACGUUGGGCAACCUGUCAUCAGCCUAUGACAUCGAUGAGUGCCGCCAGAACCCAGAUAUCUGCAGCCCCAAGAUCCUGUGUAUCAACACCAAUGGGAGCUACUGGUGUAAGUGCCGGGCUGGCUACAUCCCCUCCAAUGGGAACACGACCCUGUUCCAAGGAAGGUGA